GGCCGACGAGCGGGGCCCGAGCAUUGUCUCCUCCUACCUCGCCUUCCCCUACCAAGGCUACCACCACUCCCAGAGUGAAGGAAGAGAGAGCUCUCCGCCUCCGCCUUGCAGCGACGCCGCCGCCGGAGCUCGAUACUAAUGGGUGGCUUCGGGACCUCGCGCCCUGCCUCCGUGGCCCUCUGCGCCUUCCUCACCUUCCUCAACCUCUUCGCCUUCCUUCUCGCCGUCGGCGCCGAGCGCCGCCGCAGCACCGGGAAGGUGGUGCCGGACGAGUACGACGAGCGGUCCUACUGCCUCUACGACACCGACGCCUCCACGGUCUACGGCGUCUCCGCUUUCUUCGUGCUGCUCCUCCAGCAGGCCAUUGUCACCGCCGCCACGCGGUGCCUCUGCUUCGGCCCUGUGCUCUCCUCCCGCGGCUGCGCCGUCACCGCUUUCGUCCUCUCCUGGAUAACAUUUCUCAUUGCAGAAGCUUGCCUCAUAGGAGGAUCGGUGAGGAAUGCAAAGCACACCAAGUAUUUAGGCUACUAUAUGAAGCAUGACUUGGUGAGCUGUGCCACCCUUCGCAAGGGAGUCUUUGCAGCCGCGGCUGCAAUGAUGAUCAUCAACCUCCUGGCAUCCCUUGUGUACUACUGGAGUUACUCAAAAGCUGCGACGGGUGGGUUCAUGAAGCACCAAAAUGAGGUUGGUGUGGGCAUGACGGAUUACGGCCUUGACAAGGGUGUUUCUGGGCCCUGAGUGAGAUGGAAUCUUACUGGCGUUUCUGUACUAAUGGUUGUACCUGUGGUAUGAUAUAUCGUUGAAAUGUAUGUGCACGAAGUUCUGUUGUUUCUCUGCGGUGUGAAUGAUAUACCAUGAUUGUACUCAGACAUGUGAUAGUGGUGAUGUUGUAUGGUCGUGAUUUAUCUGUGAAAAAUGUGGUAGCAUUAGCUGUA